UAAAACUGCUAUUCCUUGUUCUGACGUCAGCGUCACACACCGGCCCAUCACAUGAUACACCAAGAUGUCUGCCAUGGGAGAUCUGAUGGACUUGGGGAGCACACCUCCCACAAACGACAUCCGCAUGGCCCGGGAACACACCUUGGCCAUCACCAGGAACUACCACUCGCAGCCCAGGCUCACGUACAAGACCGUGACUGGGGUGAACGGUCCCCUGGUUAUUCUGGAUGAUGUUAAGUUCCCCAAGUAUGCAGAAAUUGUCCACCUGACCCUAAACGAUGGCUCCAUUCGCAGUGGUCAGGUGCUAGAGGUCAGCGGGUCAAAAGCUGUAGUGCAGGUAUUUGAGGGGACAUCAGGGAUUGAUGCCAAACACACCACCUGUGAGUUCACAGGUGACAUCCUGCGUACUCCCGUGUCGGAGGACAUGUUGGGUCGUGUAUUUAACGGUUCAGGGAAGCCCAUAGACAAGGGACCAAACAUCCUGGCUGAGGACUACCUGGACAUCCAGGGCCAGCCCAUCAACCCCCAGUCUCGUAUCUACCCUGAGGAGAUGAUCCAGACAGGCAUCUCUGCUAUAGACUGUAUGAACAGCAUUGCCAGAGGUCAGAAGAUUCCCAUCUUCUCUGCUGCCGGGUUGCCUCAUAAUGAGAUUGCAGCUCAGAUCUGCCGACAGGGAGGUCUGGUGAAAAAGCAAGGAAAGUCCAUUGUUGAUGAUCAUGACGACAACUUUGCCAUUGUCUUUGCUGCCAUGGGAGUGAACAUGGAAACAGCCCGCUUCUUUAAGAUGGAUUUUGAGGAGAAUGGAUCCAUGGAGAACGUUUGUCUCUUCCUCAACCUGGCCAAUGAUCCAACUAUUGAGCGUAUCAUCACACCUCGCCUGGCCCUGACCACUGCGGAGUUCCUGGCGUACCAGUGUGAGAAGCAUGUGUUGGUCAUCCUGACUGACAUGAGCUCAUAUGCUGAGGCUCUGCGAGAGGUGUCAGCUGCCAGAGAGGAGGUACCGGGUCGUCGGGGGUUCCCAGGCUACAUGUACACGGACUUGGCCACCAUCUACGAGCGUGCCGGCCGUGUGGACGGCAGGAACGGCUCCAUCACCCAGAUCCCCAUCCUCACCAUGCCUAACGAUGACAUCACCCAUCCUAUUCCUGACCUGACAGGGUACAUCACAGAGGGACAGAUCUACGUGGAGAGACAGCUUCACAACAGACAGAUCUACCCACCCAUCAAUGUGCUGCCCUCGCUGUCCCGUCUGAUGAAGUCCGCCAUCGGGGAAGGGAUGACGAGGAAGGACCACGCAGACGUCUCCAAUCAGCUGUAUGCCUGCUAUGCCAUUGGUAAGGAUGUCCAGGCCAUGAAGGCUGUGGUGGGAGAGGAGGCCCUCACCCCAGAUGACCUGCUCUACUUAGAGUUCCUCAGCAAGUUUGAGAAGAACUUCAUCAACCAAGGACCGUAUGACAACAGGUCCAUUUAUGAGUCCUUGGACAUUGGAUGGAGCCUCCUUCGCAUUUUCCCCAAGCAAAUGCUGAAGCGAAUACCUGAGAAAACUCUCAAUGAGUUCUACCCUCGAGAGUCCAGAACAACAACAAAAUAGGUCCCUACGAGAAUCGAACCAUCUUCGAGUCCCUAGACAUUGGCUGGUCGCUGCUACGGAUCUUCCCCAAGGAGAUGUUGAAACGGAUUCCCACCAACAUCCUGGCAGAAUACUACCCCAGGGACAGCCGGCGAACCUAAACUCCAACCUUUCCACCACAGAAGAACGAUCAUGUCCAUUCUUGGCAAUUAUUUAUUCCAGCUCUUAACUGAGAGUAAAAAAAAAAUCAGAAUAGUUCUAGAUAUGGAAUCGGUAGCUCUUGUGUAUAUGAUUGUGUAUUGUGUCUGUAAUAGAAAGAUAUUGCAGCUGUGAAUUCAUUAUAUAUACCACAGGAAGUAGAAAAGUACUGCUGGUAAAGUUAUAGGUGAAAGUUUAAUAGCAAGUAGCAGAAAUCAACUUCAGUCAAAAUGUGAAAAUAUUAUACUACACUACACUGUGGGUGCAACUUAGAUAGUGAAUGGUGACUAUUAAUUUGAUGUAAUGGAUGUUGUGGAGUAAUAGUAUAUAAAAAUUGUUUUGAGCAAGCUUGUUUUUGUUUGUACAUUUCUACCAAGUCAAACUUAAAAUCUUGUAUUGAUUUAAUGUGAUCUUCCAGCCCAGCAAUGGAAACUGUUCACUACAUAGUACAAACCAUAGUAGGUUUUUGAAGGAAAAAAUAUGCCUUUUAUGCAAAUUUUGAUUAGUCUUUUUGCAAAGAUUUGACUACAUACAUUAAAAUAUUGGUGUUCAGAAUUUCAGUAGACAAGUUACCAGGUAUAUACUUAAUUGUAAAAUGAAGAAAGACAAGAGAGACACCCCUUUUGAAAUUUCAUAACCAAAGUGUUAGUUAUCCAGACUGAUCACAGGUACCAGACUACAGUGGAAUACAGCAUGGGUAAAGAUGCAACUGCUUUUGAGCAGAACAUGGUGUUAUUCCUAACUCAAUCAUUCCUGCAUUUUGUUGUAGUUUGAUAGCCAAUUCCUGCACUGAACUUUAGCCAAUUCCUGUUCUGAACUGUGAUAACUGUCUCUUAGUGUAAAGAAAACACACUUGGUCCUUAUAAUUGUAGCAGAGGAUAAUAUGUAUAAUUGUUCAUUACUAAUAUAUGUAUGUGGUAAAUCAACACAGCCAUGUCUUGGCAUCCCCAGGUUGACGUACAGGUAGCUCAGGUAAAAGUGGUACAUGAAUGUAGAAGGUAUAUUGACACCUCUAUACUCUAAUCAACCUCACACUGAAGUACUGUUCAAUCUUCUACCUUUUCAAUGUGUUUUCGUACAGUUGUGCACAUUUUGAGAUCUGAAGACUGCACUGUUUCAUGUAAUUCUAACAUAUCCUAUGUGGUGUUUGGGAAGACAUUGUACACUCCAGUAAUGCUCCAGUGUACUACAAAGUUUCCCAUUUUUAACAGUCAUUUGUUCUACAUGUCUUGUGCAAACUUCAUGUCAGCUUUUGUAGUAGCUAUGUGUAAUAUCAGCAAGGAAGGUGCUUGAAGUAAUAACUUGUAGUAAUAAGAAUGCAAAGGAAAUGUUAGAUUUACCUAUAAAGAAUAAAGAAUGCAAAGAAACUGA